AUGCUUCUUUUAGACUGGCUAUAUACUGGCAAUAUGACAUAUGCACGACAGUUCCAUACAGCAUCCUUAUUAACCGAUGGAAAAGUGUUAGUUACUGGUGGAACUAAUGUUGCUUCUUAUUUAAGUAGUGCUGAGUUAUAUGAUCCAUCAACAGGUAGCUGGACAACUACUGGUAACUUAAGUAAUGCACGAAUGGGUCACACAGCAUCCAUAUUGGCCAAUGGAAAAGUGUUAGUUACUGGUGGAGGGAGUGCUAGUGCUGAGUUAUAUGAUUCAUCAACGGGUCGUUGGACCACUACUGGCAAUAUGAAAUACGCACGACUGUUCCACACAGCAUCUGUAUUAAAUGAUGGAAAAGUGUUAGUUGUUGGUGGUAUGGGGACUGAGAUUGAAUUUCUGAAUAGUGUUGAGUUAUAUGACCCGUCAACUCGUAGAUGGACCACUACUGGCGACCUAAAUUAUGCACGAAACUGGCACACAGCAUCCGUAUUAACAGAUGGAAAAGUGUUGGUUACUGGUGGGUACAAUUAUCAGGCUGGGUAUAUUAGUAGUACUGAGCUCUAUGAUCCGUCAACAGGUCGUUGGACCAUCACUGGCAAUUUAAAUCAUACACGAACAUAUCACACAGCAGCCGUGUUAACCGAUGGAAAGGUGUUAGUUAUUGAUGGAAUUAGUGGAGAUGUUGGACUGCUACCUAGCGCUGAGUUAUAUGACCCGUCAACAGGUCUUUGGACCAAUACUGGCGACCCAAAUGCUCCAGGAAUGUUCCGCACAGCAUCCGUAUUAACCGAUGGAAAAGUGCUAGUUACUGGUGGAGAGUAUUAUGAGGCUCAAUCUUUGGAUGCUGCUGAGUUAUAUGAUCCAUCAACACGUAGUUGGACCAAUAUUGAUAACUUGCAUAAUGCACGAAUGGGCCACACAGCAUCCGUAUUGAUCAAUGGAAAAGUGUUAGUAACCGGUGGAAUUGAGCUUUACACUCUAGCUAGCGCUGAAUUUUAUGAUCCAUCAACAAGUCGUUGA